AUGAGGUCCACAGGCAGCGAGCGCAGCGCGCGGCCGGACGGCUUCGCCUCCGACCUGGACGACCUGGACAGCGGCAGCGGCAGCGGCAGCGGCAGCGGCAGCGACAGCUCCGACGGGAAGUCCACCGGCGACUGCAGCCCCCGCGGGGAGCCGGCGGCGGAGGAGGCCGGGGGCGGCAGGCGGAGGAGGAGGCGGCGGCGGAGACGCGGCAGCGGCGAGGACGCGUGCGGCGCCGGUGUGAGCAAGCAGAGGCAGGCGGCCAACGCGCGGGAGCGGGACCGGACGCACAGCGUGAACACGGCCUUCACGGCGCUGCGCACGCUCAUCCCCACCGAGCCCGUGGACAGGAAGCUCUCCAAGAUAGAGACGCUGCGCCUGGCCUCCAGCUACAUCUCACACCUGGCCAACGUGCUGCUGCUCGGGGAGGACUGCCGCGACGGACAGCCGUGCCUCGGCUACCAGACCCUCCUGCGCGGGGGCGCCGCGGCGCUCGACGCGCCGUCGCUGCGGCCCAUCUGCACGUUCUGCCUCGGCAAGCAGAGGAAACUGCUCAGAGAUGGAGGGAAGCACUCGGCCGCCGUGUGA